GAGGGAAAAGGGUGGGUGCUGCCUGUUAUCGAUUCGUUCCCCGCCCUCUGCUUUUGUUACCCCUCCCCUCGCUUCCUCCCCUCCCUCCCCACUCCCUCCCCUCCCCGCUCCCCGCCCCCGCCGGCACUGCGGAGCCGGAGACGUGACCCGAGCGGACCCAGCCGCGGCCUUUUUCCCCGCUGCUCUAGCCUCUCGCCGCCGAGUCGCAUGUCAUCUAUCCAGAACCUCCAAUCCUUCGACCCCUUUGCUGAUGCAACAAAGGGUGACGACUUACUCCCAGCAGGGACUGAGGAUUACAUCCACAUAAGGAUCCAGCAACGAAACGGAAGAAAGACGCUGACAACCGUUCAAGGAAUUGCAGAUGACUAUGACAAGAAGAAACUUGUGAAAGCUUUCAAAAAGAAAUUUGCUUGUAAUGGUACUGUCAUUGAACAUCCUGAAUACGGUGAAGUUAUCCAGCUUCAAGGUGACCAGAGGAAGAACAUUUGCCAAUUCCUCUUAGAGAUUGGCAUUGUCAAGGAAGAACAACUGAAAGUUCAUGGUUUCUAAAAUCCCUGUGCUCUCAUGAAGAAUCCUGCAGUAUUUGGUCUUACCUUGCCAGUCUCUUCUGUGAAAAAUGAAUCUUUGCAUUGAAUGGACUUCCCUUUUACCUGAACGUUUAAAAUUUGAUUCACAUAUGUGUGACUGUGUGAAAUAUGUGGUGUGUAGACUAGAAACACAUAGGAAAACUUCAGUAAGGUGGUAAUGAAGACACUUGUAAACUUAAAACACAUUUCCAAUGGAAAUGUUUUAGUGAUGAUUGUUCAGUUUACUACUUUCCACCAGACUUAAAAGUGUGGGUAUUGAAAUAUAUGUAUUGAAAUAGUGUGUGUUGUUGCUUAGAAAUAAAAGUUCAUUCAUAUUUUCUGGGAUAUAUGAAAUGCUUUAGCUUAAAUUUUAAACUAGCACAGCAGCCUUACUAAAAAAAUUGCUAAAAUGUUUUGUGGCAAGUGUAGCUCAGUGCUCAUUGAAUAAACUGCAAAAUCUACAUGAUGAUUAAUCAGUAGAUGAGCUAAUCAAUCAGUACAUUAGCUUCAUGUGACCUGUAGCUGUAAGACUAGAGCUUUAAAGUGUUCUGUGUUGGUGUAUCUUAGUAGCAGCAUGAUAAGACAAAUUGUUUGCUGAGCAAGUAACUGGAUCUUUUAAAAUUUACUGCAGUGAAUAUGAAGUAUUAGUGUUAAGCAUAGUAGGACUAAAAUAAGCUGAAGUCCUUAAAGCUGCUGAUACCGAGAACAUGUUAAACAUCUGACUGUUGCAUAGUACUCCCAAGUAAUCUGAAGGAAGCAUGUGGGAUUUUUUUCUGUCUUCCGUGUCUGAGUGAAGGUGAAAGAUACUGAGUUGGCUUCUGCCAUGACUCUGCAUUUAAUGUUGGCGAGCAGAGUGCUUUAGUUAGCUGCUGGUGUUCGCUGUGGAAGUAAGGAAAGGCAAAGGCUCUAUGCUAACCUGUUUUUUCUGGUGUGAAAAGUUUUGCUGUGAUUAACAGUUAAUAUGGAGGGGUUUGUAGUGGAGUUUGGGUGUUGCUACAGAAAGCUGAUUUAGUCUGCUUUCCAAGCAGGCAAUUAAUUUCACUCUGAUCUGAAGUUAAAUAGGUUUCUUCCACCAUGCUUUUUUAUCUAGUUUUAGUUACCUGUAGGCCUUGGGUAUUCUGCUUUUAAGGUUUAUCUCUUUACAGAAUGAAAUUACUUCAAGGAACAUGCAGAUCCUGUCUUCCUUGGGAGAUAGAAGUGGAAACUUUCUCUGAAGCAAUUCAAAACUUGCAGAACUGGGAAACCAUAAGAACAAUGGGAAAAGUUUUAAGAAAACUUCUUGUAAUAUGUAUUCUCUGGAAAGGAAGAAAGAGACAUUUGUUGCUAAGUUUUAUUAAUAAAGCUUAUUAAUAAAAAAAGAACUGAUGGCUACCUAUGUAAACAUGAAGAGUAGGCAAAACUAUAUUACUGACACCUGUGCUGCCUUUAUUUCCUGAUCCAAGAUUCCUGAAUUCAGAUAUUACGGGACUAAAAAUAAUUAGGGGAGCAUUCUUUGUCUGCUCUAGGCAAUUCCACCUGUAAGAAACCAACAUCCAGUCUCCAUCUCCACAAGUUCUGCCUUGUGUUACGAAUCUUAACUGUUCUAGAAAAUGAUACUCCAACAGAUUGCAUACUUCUAAGGUAAAAUGUGUUCAGGAGGACGGAAAGGCUGCUGCAAAACACAAAAUACCAGUAUGCAGAGUGAAAGUCUUGAAUCUUAUGCAAAUCUUGCACAUUAAAAGAAUAAAAUCAUUGUACUGCAAGUUCAUCUGGUCCUGAUAAAUAGAUGCUGGGGAUAGGCAGCAUUUAGUGAUAUUUUUUUUUUUUUAUCAAAUGGCAGAAAAACUGACAUCCUCAUUUAAACCUUGUUCUCCUGCCCAACUAUCUAUUGGGGAAAAACAAGUACUAUCUAUUUUGCUUGUAUUUCACGACUAUUUCUAGUGGGUUUUUGAAGUGAAGAUUAAGAAAUUAUUAGCAAGUCUCGUGCUACUGAGUCAGUCUUCAUUUCAGAUUGCAUUCCAUUAACUUCUACUAUAUAAGUAUGAGUCAUUUCUCCAUAGUCAUUCAAUUUGGAAGAAAGAAGAAAAUAAAUUGUUUUAUUCCUCCUCAUUUAAAAGUCCCUUUCUGGUAGGAGGAACCUUGCAAUUGGUAGGGGUCUUACUUUUUAUGCUCUAUUGGAGCUGCCUGUGUUUUGACCUUCAAAGAGCAAAGUUAAGAGGGAAUAAGAAGUAACACAUUUGAAGUAUAAAUAAAUGAGACUUGUUGUGGCAACAAGCAAUUUAAUCUUUCUGGAAGGAAGGCAGAAAUUUUUUGUCCUUGAAAUGUUUUAAACUAUAGCAGUAUGAUUGGAACUGGCUUUGUUAGAAGCUGAGCCUUUUUGCAUGUUUUAGAGGAAAGGCUUCAAUUUAAUGUUUUAUCAUUUUAUGCUGAAAAACUUUGGGAAAGAGCUGUUUAAAUCAUUGCUAUAAAGACAUUUUCCCAGCAAAGGCAGGUUUCAGUCUUUCCAUGUUUCAAAACAUUUUCCAUGUUUUUCCAUGUUUAUCAUUAAAAAAUGAUAAAGGAUGUGGCCCGUAACUGUGGAGGCAGUGAAAGGGAGCUAAUCAUAGAAAACACUUUAAAACCCACUAGUAGGACUUGGGACUGGCAAGCUGUGAAGAGUGGUGGCUUUUUAAUGUUGGAAUAUUGUGAAAUCUGUGUCUUUUGAGAUCUUCAAGACUGCCUUCUCAGCUAUACCUAGGCUAUCCCACAAGCUGCUGGUGUAGGAACUGUUUCAAAUUCACAGUCUCACUCUGCAGAGUUACAUUAGGCUGUUGUGGCUGAUUAUUUUAGCUGAUACAUUAAAUGAAUAAAUAAAUUUAUUGUUUGGUAAGAGCCUACAUCUGCUUAAUGCAUUUAUGAACAAUGAAACCAGUGAAACUAGCACCUCCCAAAUGGUGGUAGAGGUUCUUAUUUGCAGAAGAUGAGAUAGCAAUAUAAGUCUGUAAUCUGUCUACUUCCUCUUGUGUGACUUCUCACACCUUCAACCUUCACCUGUGGUCAGCUCAACCUGAUUGUGUUGUUUCAGUGAAGAGCACACCUGUGGGCAGAUAAAAAUACCUCAAGUGGAAGAACCUUUGAAAAGAGUAGUGCCUAGGUUGUGUGUGCAUACUAUUCAUUGGGUCAGUGGCUUUGCAUGAACCUUGCUUCCUUCUCUAUGUUCUUGCAAAAAAAAAAAUACAAGCAUUUUUUUCUGGAGUGCCUUUUUGGAAAGAGAAGGGAAAAAACAAACAAACAAACAAACAAAAAAUAAAACCAGGACCCACAUGUACACUCAGAUUAACUGCAAGACCUCUGUAAGACCUUUCUUUUUUCUGUUACUCUUAUCAUUAAAAAUCCUGAUUAAACUUGAGAGUUUGGCAUUUAAGGUUCUAAGUAUAACUAAAGGCAUUAUAAAAUUUUAAAUUGUGAGAAGUUGUUGAAGCUUAAAUUUUAAAUAUUUGAAAAAUAAUGAAGCAGAGCUCUAUAUUUUGUCCUGUUCUGCCAUCCUGCCUAUAACUAGUAUGCAGUUGCUCUAGAGAUGCAUGCAGAUGAAUGUACCUUGAGUUUCAGUCAGUAAUUAUCUUUCACUUAAUCCUUUUGGAAUGCUCUAGCAUACAUGAUCCAUGUAUUACACCCUUGCAUAGAGUGCUCACUAGUUCCUUUUGGUAAGCUGGUUAAAGAAUGGGGGAGUCCUUUUUAUGAAUUGCUUUGGGACCCAGUAAGAGUUACUGUAAGUUUUGGUGUGUUCAGUGUUGAUUGCUGUCACUGAGUGUGCCUCUAGUGUGCUGCUGACACUGGGAAAUGGAAGGGGUCUUAGUUGUGUAUUUAAAUAUAAAGAACUGCCUUCCUCCUAAGACUCUUCAUACACCUAUACUUACAUCCCAACAUUUAAUUGGGAAUGCAUCCCACGGGUGCAGUAGGAUGAAAAUUGCUUUCCAGUAAAUGCUUGAGAUGCAUAAGAGGAAGAUGACAUAGUUGAUUCAUGUUUACUGUACUGAUGUUUCAUGCCUACUGUUUCCUGUUUACCUUAAAACAAAAAUCUCCAAAGAGGAUUUGUGCUUGGCAUGCCUUUUUAAUGUUUGCUACGUGCCUGUGAUUGAUCUCUACGAACAAAUCUUAACAUGUAUUGAAGUAUUGCUAGAAAGUGGAAACAGCAAAUUCUUUUAAAGUAAAAAUGUAACAAUGUUAUUUUAUGUAUGUUUUCUAAAAUACUGAGUUUUUUGCUCUUAAGUAGGGUUUGUUUUUUUUUUUUGGAAGAUAGAGUUAGUGUAAUUCAAUAGUGAUGUAUGUGAUCCUCUCGUAGUCAGCUUUGACUUCUUCUAGAAAUAAUAUAUUUCCACUUUCUACCAUAUUCUGUACUAACCAACUGUAAAAUACUGUGACUUGUACUGAGAUAGCAGAGCUUUCAACCAAGAUGAUAGUAUUGACUUGAGGUCUAAAACUUUGGGUAGAAGAGAUCAUCUGAUUUCUUGAAUAAAAUGCCCAGUGUUUUAAGAUCAAGCCAGUAACAUGUUUAAGUUUGGUCUUGGCUAUUUUAGAAUGCUUGCUCUGUGAAAGGUGACAGCACAUCCCUGCAAGUAAUUUGGGGUCUGAUUAAAAGUACUUGUGUCUUUAAUAAAUGUGUUUUUCCAUUUUAA